UUUUAUAUAUAUUUUUUCCAGUAAAGGCUAAAGCAAGAGGGAAGAGGGGACGAAUAUUUUCAGAAGGAUGGCUUGAAUUUCGUGAUAAGCGGGUAGCAAAGAAGGUUGCUGCAAGCUUGAACAAUACCCAGAUUGGAGGCAAGAAGAAAAACAAAUGGAGGGAAGAGUUAUGGAACAUGAAAUAUCUUCAUAGAUUUAAAUGGACUCAUUUAAACGAGAGACUUGCAUACGAAAAGGCUGUUCAUUCUCAGAGAAUGCGAGCAGAAAUAUCACAAGCUAAACGCGAAGCAAACUUUCAUAUUCAAAAUGCAGAAAGAAAUCAAAGACUGAAAAAAAUAGAAAAGAAGCAAAAGAGACUAAAGGAAGCCAAAGAAGAUGGUGAAAAUGGAGACAAUGAGACAUUAAAUGAAGAAAAGGAUGAUAAUGAAAGAGUAAAUGUGAUAAGGUUAAAAGAAACAGAAGAUGAGAUAAAUAAAAGAAAAUCUAAAAAUAAAUUUAUUUUAGAUGGAGCUAAAAAACAAAGACUAGCGAGGGAUGGCACAGCUGUGAAAGACCCAGGAAAAAAGAAAGCAUUUUUAUCAAAGAUAUUUUCUGCUGGGUGUGAUGUAAAUAGUGAUGAAGAUUAAAUCUAAUUUUGAUCAAUUGAAUUUCAACAUUUUGUUGGGCAAUUCCCCAGUCCAUAUUAAAACAAACAAUUUUCCCUCCUGUGCUUUUCUACAAUGGACAAUACCCUGCUUAUAU